AUGAUUGUCAUGGUACUUGUUGGUGUACUUCGUCAUCAAAUUACUAUGCUCAUUACCGGUGCACCCAAGAAGCCGCAGUUGAAAGCAAUAAAAGAAUCCAAGGCACUGUUGCGCGGUAUGCGCUUAAGACUGUUUGGUAACAGUAUCCCGCAGCACGCAUUUGCGAGCCGAAAAACCUAUCUUGCGCAGGCCUAUGAACAGGGCAAAUACUUGAAGAAUCCAGAUGCUGCUAAAGAAGGUCCUGUUGCGCCGAAUCCAAUGGACCCUGAAAUGAUGGAAGGCAUGAUGGAGGGUAUGAAGAAGCAGAUGAUGAAUAUGGUGCCGCAAAUGGUGAUUAUGGGAUGGAUCAAUUUCUUUUUCCAAGGAUUUGUUGUUAUCAAGCUCCCAUUUCCCUUGACGCCUCGAUUCAAAACCAUGUUGCAGAGUGGCGUCGAUACACGUGAUAUGGAUGUCACCUGGGUAUCAUCGCUUUCCUGGUAUUUCCUAAAUCUGUUUGGUCUCGGUAGUGUUUUCGCUUUAAUUUUGGGAGACAACAAUGCUGCUGGUCUCGAUAUGGCGGCCAUGGGCACUAUGCCCGGUGUCAUGCCCGGUAUGGGACAACCGGGACAGCAACAAGAUUUUAACAAGCUAUUCUUGGCCGAAAAAGAAAACGUGCUUAUUACGCCACACAACUGGGAACUGGACGAUGUAGAGGAGCGAUUAUUGAAGAAGUAUGGCAAAGCCAUCAAAAGCUCCCCUGCCGAGAAAACCGGAUCUCGCGAAAUCAAGAAAGAGGCAUCCAUGAAAGAAAAGAUCAAGGCUGCCCAACAGCAGAAACAGAGUGGUCGUCGUCGAUAA